GAUGGCAGCGUCGGGUCCCUUCCCGCUGCUGGUGGAGGGCUCUUGGGGUCCCGACCCCCCGAAGAACUUGAUCAACAAGUUGCAAAUGUACUUCCAGAGCCGGAAGAAAUCUGGAGGAGGGGAGUGCGAGGUCGUCCCGGAGCCCGGGAACCCAGCACGCUUCCUGGUGCUCUUCUCCCCGGAGGAUGUUCGGCAGAAUGUUCUGGAGAAAGAGAAUCAUGAGUUAGUGUGGCAAGGAAAAGGAACAUUCAAAAUGACCGUCCAGUUGCCCGCAGACCCAGAGCAAGCCUCAAUCUCUAAGAAGGCAAUUCCAGAAGAGGAGUCCAAGACAAAAGAAGAUGCUGUGAAACCAGGUGAUUUGGACACAACACCUUCUGCCAGCAGCAGAUCAGAAGAAACAGAAGAUGUCCCAAAAGAAUGUGAAAAUAUUUCCUCCAUGGUGGCAUUUGAAAAACUGCCCGAGAAAGUAUCGGAGAUGGUGCUGACCUUCCUGGUGGAGAAUAUAAGUGGCCUCCCUAGUGAUGACUUUAAGGUGGAAUUGAUCCGAGAUUUUGCUGUUGCCGUGGUUACCUUUCAGAAGCCUAUAGAUACCAAAAAAUUUAUUAUUGAUUGUAUCAGCCACCGCUCAAAUCAACAACUCCAACUUGUCCCGAGACUUCUGGAAACGACCAAUGUAGUGAGGGUGGAGAACCUGCCUCCUGGGGUGGAUGAUUACCAGCUGCAACUCUUCUUUGAAAACCCUUUCAACGGGGGUGGUAGGGUCGCCCGAGUUGAGUGUUUCCCUGAAGAGAGUUCGGCGCUGGUUGAGUUUUGUGACAGCAAAGUGUUAGACACCAUUAUGGCCAAGAAACACAGUUUCAACAAGAUGCCGCUGUCUGUCUUCCCAUAUUACCCCUCCCUGGGCACAGCCUUGUAUGGUGAGGAGAAGCCUCUGGUCAAGCUUCCAGCAUCUUUCCAGGAGACCCUGGAUCUUCCUUUGUGGAAGUUCUUUCAGAAAAAUGAUCAUCUGAUGGAGGAGAUAAAUGAUGAAAUGAGGCACUGUCACUGCGAGCUGACGUGGUCUGAAAUCAACGGUAAACUGACUGUCAGACCGGCCGCCACCUUAGUCAGUCACAGACCGAGCAUCAAGACCUGGCAGAGGGACGCAUCCGCAGCACUCUCUGGCAUCAGGUCUAAAUAUGAUGUGAUGGUGUUUGAAGUGUGCUCGCCAGUAUGGGACAUCAUAAAGCAUGAGUUAGGAGGUGACAGGGUUUUGAUUGAGUUUGAGAAGGAGAGUCUAAAUGUAGCAGGAAAAUCAGAAGAUGUCCAAGGCAUUAGCCAGCAAAUCAGGGAACUAAUAGAGCGCACCACUGAAAAGCUCAGAAGGGAAGAGCAGAGUCUGGAGGAGAAAGUGGCCAUUUCCUCGGGAAAGCAUUUUCUUUUGUACCAUAGUGGCUUCCUGAAGGAUCUAAGCAAAGAAUACCCAGAGAUGGAGAUCUCUUACAAUGCCACGGCUCAGUACCUGUGCAUUAAGGGCCUCCGUGCAGAUGUGUACAAAGUAAAGUGUGAAAUCCAAGAAAAGGUGUUUUCCAUGGCUCAGAAAGAUGUCCAGGUUUCUUCCGAAGUCUUCACAUUUCUGCAGCAAGUGGACGGUCAGAGACUCUCCAAUGCUCUGUUCAAGGCUCAGAACAUUCUUGCCACAUACGAGCUGAAACAUAACGCUCUUUUCUUAAUUGGAAGUUCUCCCAAAGAUCUGGCAGAAGCUGAGGCCAAAAUGCUCAGUGCUUUAAGUCAUAAGCACAUUGAAGUUGAGGACAAGGAAGUUCUGAGAGGUAAUGUGUGGAAGAAGAAAAUUCACCCUCUGCAAAAGAGACACAGCUCCUACGCAGCCAUUAUGGUCAAGAAUGAGUUGACGUCAGGAGUCCCGGCUGAGGUCAUCAUCGCCGGCUGUGUGAAAGAAGUCAAUGAAAUUCAUAGGCAGCUUUUCGAGUUUUUGGAAAACCACAUGAAAGUUGAAAGAGUGGUCAAAAUCGAUCCACCCUUGAUUAUUGAGUAUUUAAAGACAGACAAGAGGCUACUGUCAAAGACAAAGAAGGCAAAUGUGAGUGUGAGUUUCAAGACUAAAGAUGAUCCAAACAGCAUUUUGUUACUUGGCUCCAAGAGCAAAGUUCUAGAGUGCCUGGAUACAGUCAAGGAAAUCCGGGAUUCAGUCUGCGUCAGAGAAUUCCAGACCGACAAAGCCGGUGCCAGGCACUUCUUCCAGGAUAAAGAAUUCUAUUACAAAAUGGAGAUCAGACGUCUGUAUGGAUGCAUCAUUGAACUGAAGGAGGGUGAAGAGGGGGAGGAAGACAGCCUUAAGGAGCAGAAGUGCUACUUACAGAGGGACAUAGGCUCUGGGGUCACACUGACUGUCCACGAAGGAGACCUGAGUCGGUUUCCUGUUGAUGUGGUAGUGAACGCAGCCAAUGAGAACCUUAAGCACAUCAAUGGCCUCGCGGGCACUCUCUCAAAGGCUGCGGGCCCCAGCCUCCAAGCGGAAUGUGACCAGAUCGUGAAAAAGGGAGGCAUGGUCCUACCCGGCAAUGCUGUUAUCUCAAAAGCAGGCAGGCUCCCUUGUCGUUACAUCAUCCAUGCCGUGGGGCCUCGAUGGAAGGGAGAUAAGGUCCUGGAGUGUGUGAACCUGCUGAAGAAAGCUGUGAAACAAAGUCUCACUUUAGCUGAAGAGUACAAGUGCCAGUCCAUAGCCAUACCAGCGAUCAGCUCUGGGAUCUUUGAUUUUCCCUUAGACCUGUGCGUGGCAUCCAUUGCUUCAGCCAUCAAGGACAACGUCCAACGGAAGCCGAACACACACUCCGUGAGAAAGAUUUAUCUGGUGGACGUAUCUGCAAAGGUUGCCAAGGCCUUUGCUGAAGCUGUCAAGACUACAUAUAGAGAUAUCCUUUCUCCAGCCAGUGUUAAAGCACUAGUACCACUUGGGAAAAUGCCCCAGAAGCAAGGCAAGCUGCUGGUGUCACCAGAAGGCUUGAGCAUCCGCCUGAUUGAAGAAGGUGUGCAGAACGCUGAGGCCCAUGCCAUUGUGAACUCUGUUUCCUCGGAUCUUAAACUCAACCAAGGACCCCUUUCUCAGGCUUUCUUGGAAAGUGCUGGGCCAGAACUCCAGGAGGAAUUGACCAAGGCAGGACAAGGGGUCUCUGUCAGUGUGGGUACAGUUCUUCAAACCAGCGGCUGUAAUCUGAACAGCCGCUACAUCUUCCAUGUGGUAACCCCACCAUGGAAAAGCAACAACAGCGAGUGGUCACUAAAGAUCAUGAAAAACAUCAUCCGUGACUGUCUGAGGACCACCGAGGACCUGUCUCUACAAUCCAUUGCAUUUCCAGCAAUAGGAACAGGAAAUCUGGGGUUUCCUAAACCCGAAUUUGCUAAGUUGAUAAUUUCAGAAGUACUCAAAUUCAGUAGCAGGAACCAACUGAAAACUUUACAAGAGGUUCAGUUUCUGCUGCACCCCAAGGACCAUGAAAACAUUCAGGCAUUUUUAGAUGAAUUUGACAAAAGGAGUAAUGGAGAUCCUAGUAGCAAGAAUCCCAAGGCUGAAGACACACAAGGUAUCUAUGGGAGUCUUUCCAGCCCUACUUUAGGAGUGCAUGAGAUGAAUAUUGGCCCGAUCCUCUUCCAAGUGGCCACCGGGGACAUCAUCAAAGAAGUGGCAGAUGUGAUUGUCAAUUCCACAUCACGCACGUUUAAUCUCAAAUCAGGGGUCUCCAAAGCAAUUUUGGAAGGUGCAGGACAAAAUGUGGAGCAAGAGUGUUCUCGCUUGGCUCAACAGGGUAAAGAGUACAUAGUCACUGGAGGUGGAUUAUUGAAAUGUAAGAGUAUUAUUCAUGUUGAUGGUGGGAAUGAUGUCAAGAGAUCAGUUUCCUGUAUUUUGGAAGAAUGUGAACAACGCAGUUUCUCAUCCAUUUGUCUACCAGCUAUUGGCACAGGAAGCGCCCAACAGGAUCCAAAGGUAGUAGCAAAAGCGGUAUUGGAUGCCAUUGAAGAAUUUGUCCAGAAGAAAUCAGUGCAGGCUGUGAAGAGAGUUAAAGUUGUUAUCUUCCAGCCCCAUAUUCUGCAAUUUUUCUAUGACAACAUGAAAGAAAGAGAAGGCUCUCCAGCUCCUGUCAAGCCAUCAGUGAUGUCUAAGAUUGCCUCCUUUCUUGGCUUUCCAACACAAGCUUCACCCCAAAAGAACACCCUGGUUUUGGAAAAGAAAAUUGAGCUCACAGUUUUCCAGAUAUGUGGCCCAGGUGUAGACAGUGUGGAAGGUACAAUCUCCUGGCUAAAGAGUCUGAUUACCAAAGAGCAGUUUUCCUUCACCAAUGAGGACGAGUGUGUCAGAGACUUUGACACUGAGGAGUACAAGAAACUGAAUGAGAUGCAGAAGAGGCUGAACAUCAUCAUUGAGCUGAACCAGAAGAAACCUUUGAUUAAAGUCUCAGGAAUUAGCAGAGACGUGGUAGAAGCUAGAGAUGAGAUUGACAACAUGGUCAAGAGCAUUAGAUUGGCUAAGGAAAAGGAAAACCAGGCAGACUACGUCUCUACAUUUGUGGAAUGGCAAUAUAUUGCUAAUAACACCACACGGUGUUUUGACAAGAUAGCCAACAUGCAGUUGGAGGAUGCAUGGAAGGCAAAGAAGAAGCACACUGUUGUCAAAAUUCAGAAUCAGGACUUCACGGUGGACUUGAGCACAAACACAGCCACGGCUCCCCAAGGACUGAGUUUCACUGUCCAGCGACUCCUCAAAGCUGAAGCUGAAAUUCCUGCCAAUUGGAGUGACAUGAAGCAGAACAAAUUGCUUGUGGUGAGUCUGCAAUCCAGUGAUGCCGAGUACACCAUGGUAUCCAGGGCCUUCCAUCAGACCUGCCCAAACUUUGUCAUAGAGAAGAUUGAAAGGAUUCAAAAUCCAGCUCUUUGGAGGAGGUACCAGGCAUACAAAAAAAUUAUGGAUGAAAAGAAUGGCAAUGUGAUAAAUGAGAAGCAACUCUUCCAUGGGACGGAGUUUGGCUCUCUGGCACAGCUCAACAGUAAUGGAUUUAACCGCAGCUAUGCUGGGAAGAACGCUACGGUCUAUGGGAAAGGAACCUAUUUUGCAGUCAGUGCUUCCUAUUCUGCCCAUGACACAUAUUCCAAACCAGAUGCCAAUGGGAAAAAGUAUAUGUAUUAUGUGCGGGUCCUCACUGGAAACUACACACAAGGAAACGCAUCACUGAUUGUGCCUCCUUCAAGGGACCCUCAAAAUGCUACUGACUUGUUUGACACUGUCGCAGAUAAUGUUAUAAAUCCAAGUAUAUUUGUAGUGUUUUAUGACAAUCAAGCAUACCCUGAAUAUCUUAUCACAUUUAGGAAGUAACACUUUGGGGUGCCUUCUGAAAGACAUUGGUAUCCGCCGUAGGACAAAUUUUAGCUGUUUUCCUUCUUAGACUUUCUUCUCUAAGAGCACAAGGUCUUUCUCUGCCACGGAUUGUUUCCUCAGCUGCUCCUUCAUAGUGAACAUGAACCUAUUUGAGAGCCAACCACUUGAGAAUUUCAAGCAGGUGACAGCUUUAACUGCCUUCACAAAUGUGAACCUCAAAUCCAUGGAAAAGAACAAACUUACGUUCUGGAAGGACAAUAAAACCUUUAUGCACUUUCAGAAAGCCCACAAUACACCCACCACCAGUGGAGUUACAUCAGAGCACCACUGUGCUGAGGGGCACCCAGGACCACUGAGCCAGUAAGGCUGCCAACUGAACAGAUUCCAAGACAGAGAACUUCGUUCAUCAUUAAUAGCGCCGUGUCUUGUGGGUUGGACAGUUCCAGCCAGGGUUAUGUACAGACUGGGUUCUGGGAUGUGACUCUGGGUCUGUGUGAACUGAGCCCCCCCAAGGAGAGGCACAGCUGAAGCCCUGUCAGGGGGCCCUUUUAAUGUUGACACCGACGUUGAGGCUACCUAGUGAAGAAAUGGGAUGGGGCCUGCUACCUCUGCCGUGGAAGUCCUUCUACUGGGUGAAAAUGAAUGAACUCUAACAGUAUUGGCUAGCGUCUUUCUUGUGGCAGGCUGGCUUGUGAUAACUUGAAGCUUUAUGUCUAAGUCAGUCAUUUUGCUAACUCACUAACAGUAUCUACUGGAUGCGAUGUUUCUUGUGAUGCCGGAGAUCACCCAGAGCCUCACAUGGGCCAGGCAAGCACUCUACUACUGAAUAUAUUCCCAGUCUCUUAGUGAGGCAAGACUCCACUAAGUUGCCCUGGCAGGCUUUGAACUCAUUAUCUUCCUGCAUUGGCUACUUAUUGGGGUGGGGUGCUUAAAUUGUUCUUUUAAUUUUCUCCCGUACUCCCAUUUAUUGAGUGCCUGGACCCUUGUCAGGUAGAAUAAGAGGUGUGUUCACAUAGAUAAUUUUGUUUCCAUAAAAAGAAAAUGCACUGUAAGAAUUAUGUCAAGGCCUAAGAACAGGCUCAGAGUACAAGAACUGUCCUUGCCAAAGGUCACUGAGGCAGGAACCACAGAGCCAGCCACCAGAGUCUUGGUACUGUGUUGAGCCCCUCACUAUUCCCAGCACAGAGCCUGGCCCUGAGGUAGGCCUGUGCUGCUUCAGAAGUUGGCUUUUCUCCUUCUGGGAUUGGUGUCCACUCUGCCCCUUUUCUAGGCCAUGGAGCUAGUGCGGUGUAAUGUUCCCAGGAGGUAGGUACACUCUUGGGUGUUGUGGGGAUCCAAGUGCUGGUUCCCACCAUAGGCAUCAACAGUGGACUGCAAGCAGAGAGAGGGGUCGCCAUCAUUGUUUCGUGGACACUGAGGCCUUGAGACCUUGGCUGCUGUGUGGACUGGCAAAGACUGUGGCUUGGGAGGGGCUUCCUCAGCACUGGCACCUGAACUCAGCACCAAGGAUGGCCCCAAGAGGCUUAUUUUCAUUUGCCUUUGUUCUCCAGUGCUUUGGUUACCUCAGGGCAGGGCUGAACAAUAGUGUGAUGUUACACUGAAGAAUAAAGACCCAGCCAACAAAUGUUAGUGUCAUUUUCAGUCUAAGUAAAUAAGCCAUUCUGUCAUUUCCCUUACUUCCUAGUAAAGUUAUGUAAUUACAUAA